CAAAAUUGUGUUUGAUGAUAGUCAUUUUGCGAUCGGCCGAAUCAGUUCCGUUGGAAACGUUCAAUUAAACAGUACCUCAAUUGUAUCCGUACAGAAAUACCGGAAAUCAUCGCUUCGAAAAAUGGUGCCAUUUCGUAGCGGAUUAAUCUUGGUUUUGUGCCUAGUCGUAGCACAAUGUGAGGAGGACAAAGUUAUUAAAUGUCCCGGUGGAGAGUGUGUGAAACCGAUCGACUUCCUCAAUGACAUCAGCAUAAAAAAUAGAUCUAAAAAAUCAUUAGAUCAAACAGCCAGCGAAUCACAACAAUGUGGUCUGCGCAAUGUAGAUGGCAUUGGCUUUCGCAUUACCGGUGAUAUUGAUGGAGAGUCGGAGUACGGAGAGUUCCCGUGGAUGGCGGCCAUAUUCAAAGAACAAAAGGCGCUUGAUCGAGUGAUCAUCGUAUAUAUUUGCGGAGGCUCGCUGAUCCAUCCAUCGGUCGUCCUUACGGCGGCACACUGUGUUCGAAAAGAAAAUCCAGCUGAGAUGAAAGUACGUUUGGGUGAAUGGGAUACACAGAAGGAUGAAAUUUUUCCACCACAGGACCGCGAUGUUGUGGAUGUCGUGUCCCAUGGAGAAUUCUACCGGAUAGGCGUUUUCAAUGACGUAGCGCUGUUGUUCCUGAACCAUCCCGUAGAACUAAUGGAGACGGUCAACACGAUCUGUCUUCCACCAGCAAACCAUAACUUUGACCUGUCCCGGUGCUUUGCCUCCGGCUGGGGUAAGGAUGUGUUUGGAAAGCAGGGCACUUAUCAGGUGAUUCUGAAGAAGAUCGAGCUACCGAUCAUGCCAUACGAGCAGUGCCAAACGGCGUUGCGUACGACACGUCUUGGGCGACGGUUUAAACUACACAAGAGCUUUAUCUGCGCCGGCGGUGAGAAGGGACGGGACACGUGCAAGGGUGACGGAGGUUCACCAUUGGUCUGUCCAAUUCCUGGCACGGUCAACCAAUACUAUCAGGCCGGUAUGGUAGCGUGGGGUAUCGGAUGUGGUGAAGAUGGAAUCCCCGGUGUGUACGUGAAUGUGCCAAUGUUCCGCGAAUGGAUCGAUGAUCAUCUGUGGCAGAGAAAUAUUACUGACAGCUUCUACCUCCAUUCGUAAACAGAUGUAAAAAACCGACAAGUCUG